AUGUCUUUAAACCUAUCCGGAAAGUCAUUCCUGGUGACAGGAGCGGGCCGCGGACUGGGGCGUUCCGUUGCCGCCACCCUUCAUUCCCACGGUUGUAAGGUGUACGCCUUAAGCCGGUCACCGGAACCUUUAGAGUCAUUGGUGAGGGAACACCCGGGAAUCAUACCGAUAAAAGGUGAUAUUGCAAAUAUCGAGGAUAUCAGUGAGAAAUUGAAGGACAUAGAAGCGUUGGAUGGUUUGGUGAACAAUGCUGCAACGUUAAGGACUACCCCAGUGUGUGCAAUAGAUUGUACGCGCGAUUUCAUGGCCUCUAUUAUGGACGUGAAUGUUUAUGGGACUAUAAAUAUAAUGCAGAUCGUGGCAAGAAAGAUGAUUGAGGCAGGAAAGAGCGGUUCUAUUGUGAAUGUGUCCAGUAUAUGGUCACUUCAGGCAACACCUCAGAUUAUGGCCUACACUAUAUCCAAGGCGGCACUGGACAUGGUAACCAAACAGUUUGCUCUAGAGCUUGCACCGCACAACAUCAGAGUCAAUUCCAUCAAUCCAACUCAUAUAGUACCGGAAGUCGAUCAACCUUUUGAUAAAGACCGAGAGUCGCGGUAUGCAUCUUACUUCCAGUCACAAACUCCGGGCCGACGACUGUGUGGCACAAGUGAAGUGGUGUCGCCAAUAAUGUAUUUGCUCAGUGACCUGUCCACUAUGGUUUCCGGGACUGUAAAUGUUGUAGACGGCGCUAUGCUGUCUUCAUUUAGUUCAGCUUCCACGUUUAAUGAUAUAUUUAAUACUUAA